UAGGCAUAUUUAUUUUAUUUUUAACAAUAGUAUAAAAAAAUCAUAAAGAGGGCGAUUAGGCGAGUGUAAAGCCUAUGUAAUGAAACUAAGUUCAUAAGGGUUCUAAUCUAGAACAUUUUGCUAGGGCUUCUUUAACCCUCGUCAGUAUAAGCCCGCCAUCAUGGCGACAGGCGUGCUGGUUUGUGCUGCAUGGUAUUAUACCAUUUUAGCAGGUUUUUACGUACUUUAUUGUCCAGUUUUGUAUUUAAUGUUUAUAAAACAUAUACUAUAUAGAAAAAUAGUGGAUGUACUUUUCUCGCUAUGGGAGCUGUAUCCAGUGGCAUUAUUUCAAUGGUGCUGCAACACGGAACUGCAUCAUUACGGUGAUCAUGUGAAUCCAGAUGAAACGACGAUUAUCGUAAUGAACCAUCGUACGAGAGUGGAUUGGAAUUACGUGUGGAUAGCUCUAUAUCACGCAACUCAAAAACGUGAUGGAAACACGGACUGUAUAUGUAAAGAAAAAAAUAUUAAGAAGGCAGAACUUAAAAGGGACGUAUUUGAUGUUAUCACAAGAGGAAAAGGAAAAAUAAAAUUCGUUUUGAAAGAUGAAAUUAAAACGAUUCCAGGAAUGGGCUGGAUAAUGCAGCUCAAUUAUUUCUUAUACGUGAAGAGGAAUUGGCAACAGGAUGAAGUAAGCAUGACACAGUUUGUCGAUUAUUAUAAAAGACUUAAAUACCACCAACAAGUAGUGUUAUUCCCGGAAGGAACCGAUUUGAGCGAGGACAAUAGACGUCGUAGUGAAAAAUUUGCUUCAUCAAGACAAUUACCGAACUUUGAGUAUGUUUUGCAUCCGCGCACGACGGGCUGGGCCGUGCUUUGUUCUCGCUUGCGAAAUUCUGGACUUGCCUCUGUGUAUGACGUCACUGUUGCUUACGAUGCGCCCGCGCAGACUGAAAUGGACUUAAUGCAUGGGAAAAUGCCUAAGCACGUACAUUUCCACUUCAAACGUUACGACAUUGAAGAUUUACCAUACGAAGAGGAAGAGCUGAGAACUUGGCUUCAAGAUCGUUGGAAGGAAAAGAAUGCGAGUCUUGAGAGAUUUCAUAAAGACGGUUCUUUCAUUGACUUCACGUUGAAUGCUGCGCCAAAGAGAAAUGAGCCACGUUCUUUGGGAGUUGCCAAAUUAGCAUUUGCAUUCUGGACUAUUAUCGACGUAUUAUUUAUAUAUUGGCUGUAUUAUAGCGUAUUAUUUAAAUUUUGGGUUAUAUAUCACACAUUAUUGUUUAUACUUGUAACAAAAUUUUUCGGUGGUUUUCAGAAUAUUCAAUAUAGAAUUCUAGAUAAAAUAAAUAUUAGGUAACUAAUGUGCUAUUUAUGAAAGCACGUGUUGCAGAUGUGUUAGGACUUUUUUUUUGUCGUUAGAUUUUCAGCUAUCUUCUACGUGUUUUGUUAAAGAUAUAAGUCACAAUUAUAUUGAUAAUGAAUAUUAAAGUAUAUUGCGUCUAUAAAGA